CUGCACCAUUAGCAGUAGUUCCGUGUGAGAUUCUCAUUUUCCUCUAUUUCUUUCCUCUCUAGAAUCAACCAAGUUACUCCUCCUAACAAAUGGCGGAUUGGGGACCAGUGUUAAUAGCGGUGGUGCUGUUCGUGCUGUUAUCACCAGGGCUGCUCUUCCAGUUACCCGGCCGUGGAAAAGUGGUGGAGUUCGGUGGUAUGCAAACGAGCGGUGCUGCCAUUUUGGUCCACACCGUCAUUUACUUCGGCCUUAUCACCAUCCUCCUCAUUGCCGUUGGCGUCCAUGUCUACACCGGCUAAGUAUACAACAACUUCACUUUACUAAGCUCUACUGGAUCUCUGCUCGGAUCAGAAAUUUUUAUUUUAUUGCUCUCUAAUUAAGGUGUAAUUUUUCUUUGGUCAAGAAUUGUUAAGUAUGGUGAUGGUUCAUGGAUAUUUGCUUUUUGAUUUUCAAAUUUGCUAAGCAGAUUAUACUAGUAAGCUAAUCGGGUUGUUGAUUUUCUUCGAUUAGUUGUAUAUGGGGUGUUUUGCGUUAUCUUCUACUUCAGCUACUAAAUUAUACAGUA